AUGCAUCCGUAUCAGGCUGGCGGCAACAAUAAUCUUUCAAGUGGAAAUGCAUCCACAAACAUACCUCAAGUCACAUCCCCAACCCAAUCCAAUUUGAGACAAGGGUACCUGCAACAAGUGCCAUCACAAAACGUCACUAGCAAUUCUUAUUAUCAAAGAAAUACACCGAGUAAUGUGGCUCCAAACCUUCUUCCUCAUUUAUCCUAUGGUGGUAUACUUCCCCCUCGUACAUUUGUUGGAACAUCACCUUUAACUGGGGUACCACCACCUAACUAUGGAAGUCAACCAAAACAAUAUCAACAGGCACAGCCAUCAAACCAGCGUCUUGGCUUCCGCAAUGAUCAACCUCAACAAUUAGAUCCAAAACAACUUCAAAAAAUAUCAUCACCAUAUCAGCAAUCUCCACAAUCAUCAUCAUCUCCUCCUCCUCCUCAACAGCAGCAAAGUUAUUACCAACAGUCACUGCAGAAUUAUUCUCAGAACUCCUCACAACAUCCCCAGGGACAGCAGACGCGUGAGUUAUCAUCACCGGGAAAUAGCAAUAAUCAAGUGCAUUCCUCUUCCUCAACUCAAGAAGACAACCAUAAACAGCGUAAAUCUAACGACCACAAAAAUACACAUAAAUCACAAGUAGUUCCAAAAAUUGUUGAUCAAACAGAUCCUUCCACUGGAAAGAAAAAAAGAGGUCGUCCCAAAAAAUUCAUACUUGAUCCCUCGACAAAUACCAUGAUUGACUCAACACAUCCCAACUUUAAACAAUUAAACAAGGCGUUGAAAGACGGUAAUAUUGACCAAGAUGUGAGGUCCAAUGGGAGCAGCACUACUAUUAGUGAUAUGAGCGUAUUGCUCAAUUCUUCAGGUACAGUUGAUGGAUUCAAUGAUUUGGAGUUAAAAGAAUUAUUGAAAAAGAAGGACAGAAGGGGCCGACCAAGAAAAUUUACUGUUGAAGAAACUGGGGUUACUAUUAAAGGUGUUAGAAUCAACGGAAGCAGUAUUUCUAAAACCAAAAAUUAG